AAAAAAAAUAAAAUUUAAAAAAAAAAAAAAAGAAAAGAAAGCAGGGCACACUUCCCAAGAGAAAUUCAAUUCCAAUAAGACCCACAAUGCAAAUAAACGUAUGCAUGUGUCAGCUUUGUAAAAGUGUUUAGCCAAACAGUACUCUCUCCAUGCCUGCUGUACUCUGAUAUUUUAAAAUCUGUUUCAUUUUAUUUUAAUGUUGGUUGUGAACCGAUUAAACUUGCUGGGUAGAGACGCACAAUUUGAAAUAAAACCUUAAAGCUUGUAUACCCUUAAAAAAAGUUGGCAGCUACAUUAUUGUUGUUGUAAAUUCUCACCCAAGCAUUUUAUCAAUAAUGAAUGGUUUUGUUCUUAUUUGCAUGAUAAGUUGAGCUUUGGGGUUCCUUCAUCAGUCUAAUUUCCAUGUGGGUAAAUAACGUUCUGUCAAAAGCAUCAUAAGCGAAUGCAGGAAGAAUUCAGCCGAAAACUAGGCACGGGUCCUAUUUCACCCUGGUUUCCCUCUUUUAAACCAGGUAGUUCCAAUUUGCCAGCAAAAUGAGUACAGAAAGAGACUCAGAAACAACGUUUGAUGAGGAUUCUCAGCCUAAUGAUGAAGUGGUUCCCUACAGUGAUGAUGAAACAGAAGAUGAGCUUGAUGACCAGGAACCUGCGGUGGAACCACAGCAGAAUCGGGUUAACAAGGAAGCGGAGGAAACCCGGGAGCCGUUCAAAAAAGACUGUACAUGGCAAGUCAAAGCCAAUGAUCGGCGCUUCCAUGAACAACCUCAGUUUAUGAACACAGUAUUCUUUUGCAUUAAGGAGAGCAAAUAUGCGAAUAAUGCAAUUAAAACAUACAAGUACAAUGCGUUGACCUUUCUACCAAUGAAUUUGUUUGAGCAAUUUAAGAGAGCGGCCAAUUUCUAUUUCCUGGUCCUUCUCAUCUUACAGGCAAUCCCUCAAAUCUCGACCCUGGCAUGGUACACCACGCUGGUGCCCUUGCUUGUGGUACUGGGUGUCACGGCCAUCAAAGACCUCGUGGAUGACGUGGCGCGCCAUAAAAUGGACAAGGAAGUCAACAACAGGACGUGUGAGGUCGUUAAGGACGGCAGGUUCAAAGUUGCCAAGUGGAAAGACAUUCAAGUCGGAGAUGUCAUUCGCCUGAAAAAAAAUGACUUCAUCCCAGCUGACAUCCUGCUGCUGUCGAGCUCUGAACCUAACAGCCUCUGCUAUGUGGAAACGGCCGAACUGGAUGGAGAAACCAACUUAAAGUUCAAAAUGGCACUUGAAGUCACACACCAAUAUCUCCAAGAAGAGAAUUCAUUGGCAGCAUUUGAUGGUUUUAUUGAAUGUGAGGAACCGAAUAACCGGCUAGAUAAGUUCACAGGAACACUAUUUUGGAAAAACACAAGUUUUCCUUUGGACGCUGAUAAAAUUUUGUUACGUGGUUGUGUCAUCAGGAACACCGAUUUCUGCCAUGGAUUGGUCAUUUUUGCAGGUGCUGACUCUAAAAUAAUGAAGAAUAGUGGGAAAACCAGAUUUAAAAGAACUAAAAUUGAUUACUUGAUGAACUACAUGGUCUAUACGAUCUUUGUUGUUCUCAUCUUGCUUUCUGCGGGUCUUGCCAUCGGCCACGCUUACUGGGAAGCUCAAGUUGGCAAUUUUUCCUGGUACCUCUAUGAUGGAGAAGACUCUUCGCCCUCCUACCGUGGAUUCCUAAAUUUCUGGGGCUACAUCAUUGUUCUCAACACCCUGGUGCCCAUCUCUCUCUAUGUCAGUGUGGAGGUGAUUCGUCUUGGCCAGAGUUACUUCAUCAACUGGGACCUGCAGAUGUACUAUCCUGAGAAGGACACGCCCGCAAAGGCGAGAACCACCACGCUGAAUGAGCAGCUCGGGCAGAUCCAUUACAUCUUCUCGGACAAGACGGGGACCCUCACGCAGAACGUCAUGACCUUUAAGAAGUGCUGCAUCAACGGGCAGAUUUACGGAGACCAUCGAGAUGCUUCUCAGAACAGUCACAGCAAAAUAGAGCCAGUGGAUUUCAGCUGGAAUGCGUUCGCCGAUGGGAAGCUUGCGUUUUACGACCAUUAUCUCAUUGAGCAAAUCCAGUCGGGGAAGGAGCCGGAGGUGCAGCACUUCUUCUUCCUGCUGGCAGUCUGCCACACGGUCAUGGCGGACAGGCUCGACGGUCAGCUCAACUACCAGGCGGCCUCUCCUGACGAGGGUGCUCUCGUAAGCGCCGCCAGGAACUUCGGCUUUGUCUUCCUCGCCAGGACCCAGAACACGAUCACCAUCAGUGAGCUGGGCACAGAGAGGACCUACCGUGUUCUCGCCCUUUUAGACUUCAACAGUGACCGGAAGCGGAUGUCUAUAAUUGUAAGAACCCCGGAAGGCAAUAUCAGGCUUUACUGUAAGGGUGCUGACAUUGUGAUUUAUGAACGGUUACAUCGAACGAAUCCUACGAAACAAGAAACGCAGGAUGCCCUGGAUAUCUUUGCAAGUGAGACUCUUAGAACACUGUGCCUUUGCUAUAAGGAAAUUGAAGAAAAAGAAUUUGAAGAAUGGAAUAAAAAGUUUAUGGCUGCCAGUACAGCCUCAACCAACCGGGACGAAGCUCUGGAUAAAGUAUAUGAGGAGAUUGAAAAAGAUUUAAUUCUAUUAGGAGCAACAGCUAUUGAAGACAAGCUACAAGAUGGAGUCCCAGAAACCAUUUCAAAACUUUCAAAAGCUGACAUUAAGAUCUGGGUGCUCACUGGAGACAAAAAGGAAACUGCUGAAAAUAUAGGAUUUGCCUGUGAACUUCUUACUGAAGAUACCACUAUCUGCUACGGGGAAGAUAUCAGCGCUCUUCUUCAUACAAGGAUGGAAAACCAGAGGAACAGAGGGGGAGUCUAUGCAAAAUUUGUACCCCAAGUGUACGAACCGUUUUUUCCGUCUGGUGGGAACCGUGCCUUGAUAAUCACUGGCUCUUGGUUGAAUGAAAUCCUUCUGGAGAAGAAGUCCAAGAGAAGCAGGAUUCUGAAGCUGAAGCUCCCCAGGACGGAAGAGGAGCGGCGCCUGCGGACUCAGAGCAUGAGGAAGCGGGAGGUGACGAAGGAGCGGCAGCAGCAGAACUUCGUGGACCUGGCCUGUGAGUGCAGCGCCGUCAUCUGCUGCCGCGUCACCCCCAAGCAGAAGGCCAUGGUGGUGGACCUGGUGAAGCGCUACAAGAAGGCCAUCACGCUGGCCAUCGGGGACGGCGCCAACGACGUCAACAUGAUCAAAAAGUUUCUUCCUCCUCCUCCUUGAUAUACACUAAGAAUAUUCCAACUUUAUCUUCCUCAGCAGGAGUCGGCUCUGUGAUGUACGUCUUCUUGCUUCUUUACCAUGUGUAUGUCUGUGGCCUCUACCAGUUUAAUUUCUCCGCAGUUCUGCACACGCGCAUCCUGCCGUGCGAAUGGCAUUUCUUGCUCUGAAUCAGAUGUUCUUUCCUCUGCAGCCAGUUCUAGUUUAUUUUCCAUUACGUACCUUAACAUAAAUGCCUCUGCCAAAAAAGCAAGUAACUCAAACAUGAUUUUUCUUCAGUUAUAACAAAGACUUCUAGAUACUGGAGAAAGGGCAGUCCCUUACAGACUUACCAUCUGACUAUGUGAGAGACUUGAAGACUCCCUUGUUGCUCUGGGCUCACUGGUUGAUAGCAAAAGGGAUCACAGAGAGUCAGCAUACAUGAAUCGCCUAGAGACUGUUUUUUCUUAAGUGGUCUUAAGCAUUUUAUUAAGCUGUGUUAUAUGGUAGAUGCUUUUAUAUAUAAUGUAGGAGGCAUCCUUUGGGGAUGAAAAUCAGAGAAUCCCAGGUCUCCUUGGAAGAACGUAGCUUAAUCCAAGUAUUGUUAAGCACCUUUUGAACUUUGUGAAAACUGUUGUUUUACCUGCAUCAGGAGUAAUACACAGAAAUCGUUGUUUAUGAAGCACAGUGGGAUCUGUGUCUAAAAAACUCUGACCAUUUCCUAACUUGUUUCAUGGUUACUGGUGUAGUCCAGUAGACGUGGAGGGAGUUGCAGUGCACCAGUUUGCCCCUAGCAGGGACCCAGGGGCCCUCGGAGGCUGCCCUCUCCCUCCUCUGGGCCUGAAGACGGCUGGUAGGUGGGGUUUUACUUGGCCGAAACCCUGAGAAUGAACAAGAGGCAUUCAAGUGGCAGGAAGAAACUAUCAGUUUGUUAGGGAAUUGUGAAGCAAUCUACUUGGAAGGCAUUUAAAACCACAUCUGAAACUUCAGGAAAAUCUAGGUGUCUAUAUUUAGAUUUCAGGAAAACACAAGCAGUGUGGUCUUAUGAAGUCCAUCUGUUUAGCUGCCUUGAGUCACCCUGUGAACUGGGGCAGUGUCCGCUUCACAUACUGUCCUUGGUCUGCAGCGCAGAGGCUGGCCUGCAUGUCACGGCCUAGCACAGGGGCUGGUGCUCAGGGGCUCCUCGCCUCGGCUCUGAAAGAAUCGCAACAUUUCCGUUACUUGCUCAGGAAGGAAGGCCACCAUUUGGUAGGAAAGAGCAGCCUGGCAACCAUGACUGGUCAUUAAGAACUAUUUAUGUGUUUAGAAAGAGGUCAUAAAUAUUGAUCGAGAUGCAGUUUAUUCUAUUUUUUUUUUUUAGAAUUGCAGAGUGUUAUUUAAAAACAUAGGUUUCGGACAAGUCACUGUGUUAGCGUCUUGAAUUUGUCAGACCUUAUAUUCUGCAACUGGGGCAGGGGUUUUGGAGCUUUUAGUUGGAAACUCUGCUGAACUGGCAGACACUUCUCAGGGUCUGAGCAACCGUAGACUGUGUUCUCCAGCACAUGUUCUCAAAAUGAUCUCACUAUUUGUCUUUCAUGACUUUUAAGACCUAGAUCAAACUCAUAAUUCUCUAAGUGGAACAUAUAAUUUAAUGACUAUUGGAAAGAUGGAUAAAACUGGAACUAUUAUUUUUAUCCAUUCUGGAAACCUUCCUCCCCUUAAAACAACUGGCCCCCCCCUCAGGUCUCAGUGGGCCAUGAAUAAGCCUUUGAAAGUUUAAUUGUAUCUAAGUUAAAACACUUUUGAUUGCAAGUCUUAGAGAACAAUUAAAGUUAGCAUACAAGAAAAAGAAACCUAAUUUAAAAAGCUACAAAUAUGUGCUGCUCAAGGAGCCAGGCCUCUGGAUAAUGCUAGAACCAAGAAGCAGUACCAAGAACCCAGAGUCUGUCUCUCUCAUCCUUUCUCUAGGUUACUCUAUUUCUCAGUGCCUCAGAAAGAAGUAUAUCCAUCCCACAACUCAAGAAUUUACAUGCCAACAUUCCAGACCAACACACCCGAAUCCUAAUUCCAAAACACCGAGAGAGAGACUGAGGGAAACAAAUCCCUACGGGUACUCUAAGUGGGAAGUCAUUAAUACAGGGGGCCAGGUGCUCAUAGAAAAUUCUGGAUGGACUGAGGAAGGUUGGUUCUGGGUGGUGUCUCCAAGUCUGGGUCACUUGCCAGAGGAGUUUUUAGAGUUGAGGCUCCUCUGAAGAGCUGUCCUGUCGAGAAGCCCUUGCAGUUGUUUAUCAGCAUCCGGGCAGCUGGAGAAUGGAUAUACAGAGUCUGCUGCAGGAAUGCCAAACAGGAAAGGGAUGCUGGGCUCCCAGCUACUUCUGCUUCCAAGUCACAAGUGGGGCCAAACAAGUGGAACCUAAUUCACGAAGAGGACCUAGCUGCAAGAGAGCCUGAGCAAUGUAGGGGUUUUAUUUGCUUUCCCACCUCUCUAAUUAGAGUAAAAUUUUAGAAUGAAGGAUGAGAGCCAAUUCAUAGUAACUACCACAGAUUGCAUAUCUGCCCACAGCUGACUCAGCUGUGGCCAGGGAGUCAGGGAGAUAUGGUGUAUAAAUGGGUGCCUAGGGCUCACCCUGUGGCUGGGAAGGAUGGCUUAUGAGCUGGGCAGAUAAUCCAAAUGGAAUUCAUCACCCAUUGAGAUCCUUAUACAAAUAUUUAUGGAGGCCCAACCAUAUGCUCUAUAUAGCAACCUGUAUCUGUGACUUUGAGUUCAGAAGCUGAGGGUAGAGGAUUGUGAGCAAUAGCUUUCACAUGUAUUGGUUCAUAAAUGUCAGGUUCGUUUGUUUUUUGUAUUGCCAUAGAAACGUUUUUAUCGUCUCAAUGUUUUGUUUUAAAAUAAGCGUAGGAUUCACAGUAUCUGCUUCCUCACCCCAUAGCUGCCCACAUCGGUGUUGGAAUAAGUGGACAAGAAGGCAUGCAAGCUGUCAUGUCCAGUGACUACUCCUUUGCACAGUUCAGAUACCUGCAG